UCCCCUGAGGAUAUUAAAUGUGUCUGCUCUGCAGGAUUGAGAGCUACUCCUGUAAGAUGGCAGGAGAUGAUAAACACAUGUUCAAGCAGUUCUGCCAGGAGGGGGAGCCACAUGUGCUGGAGGCUCUUUCUCCCCCUCAGUCCACCAGCACCACCAGCCCCUCACAGCUGGGGAGGAGCAGUGAAGAUGGAGAGAACCCCCUGAGUGACAAGUGUUGCAGAAAGACUUUAUUCUACCUCAUCACCACACUCAACGAGUCCUUCAGACCAGACUAUGAUUUCAGUGCGGCGCGGGCCCACGAGUUCAGCCGAGAGCCGAGUCUCAACUGGGUGGCUAAUGCUGUAAACAGCAGCUUGUUCUCGGCUGUGGGAGAAGAGUUCAACUGUCUGGGGCCCGAGCUGUGGAGCGCCAUCGACCAGGAGAUCAAUCUGCAGAGCUGUGACAUCUACAGCUACAACCCUGAUCUGGACUCAGACCCUUUUGGUGAAGAGGGGAGUCUCUGGUCCUUCAACUAUUUCUUCUACAACAAGAAGCUGAAGAGGAUUGUUUUCUUCACAUGUCGCUCUGUCAGUGUCAUGAGCGGAUAUGGCCGUGAUUGUCUGGACAAUGAGCUGGACAUGGAGCUGGAUGAUGAGGAGGAAAUGGAUGGCUUCACUGAGGACAGGUGUCCCAGAGCUCUGUGUGUGUAGUGUGUACUCUUGGAUGUGCCUUGGUUAAAAAAAACAACAAAACAAACAAAAAAAAACAAACACCUGGGCUUAUCUUCCUCCCAUUCUUCGCUACAUCCAACUUCAUUUUUUUGGAAUGUUGUCAUCCAAAGCCAUGUUCACGUUUGAGAAUAAUGCAUGUUCAGAGUCGUCUUCUUCUCUGCUGGUGGCAGUCUGUGCACUAGGAGGGAUGUUUUGUAAAGACCCCACUCACUUGGAGCUCCUUCAUUUUCCGGUGUGGUUUUUGACCCAAAGCACCAAGCACAAACAGCUGCUGAACAUCUGCCAUAUCCCCAAAGAGACCAGUCCAUGAACUUUGAAUAAGGAUAAGAUCUUACGAUGGAUAAGUGUCCAAGAAAGGAGUCUGCAAACGGGCCAUGUCUCUUGCAGAUGCAGUGCAAGAGUCCAAAUACCACCAGCACCAGUGAAAACUGACAGAUAAGUACAAUAUUCUAACCUGGGUCCAUGAAAAUCCAGUUAAGACUGAGUGAUCAGCUGAAAACUCCUGUUCUUCACUGUUUGCUGCCUUUGUGAUGCUUUUCAUGUGUGACAGUGAUGUUACUCCUAAGAACUUUUUUUUUAAGCACAAUUUUAAAUCUUAAAGCAUUUAUUGCUGCAAACACUUCUGUGUGGCCAAAGACACUUUGGCAUUGGAGUUGUAACUUAGAAAACCGCUUUUAUGGGAUGUUCAUUAUUAUCUGGCUGUUUAAUUUUAUGUCAUCCAGAUCCAGUAUAUAAGUUUUUGUCUGCCUUAUCUGCUGACCCUCAGUUUUAAAUGUCUUGCCAGUGUUUUACUUACCUCAGUCCAAAGGCUUCAUUUAAGUAGUAGAAUUUAGCAUAAAAAAAUCUUAACAGUAAAAUGACUCGUAUGUUGAGUGUAUUUCUGAGGUUGAUAGGGUCUUUAUGUUCCUUACAGCUGCAGAUAUACUCUGUGUGGCUGCCUCACAUAGCCUGCAUUUCUUGGGAGAGUUGGUUGUGUAUGUCCUCAGCAAUCAAUGUGUACAUGUUAGUAAAAAGCAGGUAUAUUGGCUUCAGUGGGUAGGAGUUCUGUCUUCUUUUGCCUGACCUGUGCUUUGAUUGGAUGAUAUAUUGCAGAUGUAAAUAAACUGGUGUUCGAGUUA